AUGACUGCUACGAAACACUCUGCCAUGCUGGUGCUGCCUUCCCCUGCCAACCCGCCGUUGACGCCGCAACACGACCAAAUCCCGAGAGUCGUGUCGUUGAGCAAGUUGCUGGUGCUCCACAACGACCCUUCGGCUGCCAAAGAUGAGCCUUUUUCCCUCUUGCUGAGCUCGUUGAAGCUGGACCCCGGCUUGAUCCCGCCAAUCGACGAUGAGAUUCCAGCAUUGCAUAAAGUCAAAAGCAAACGGCUGUCUUCAGCGUCAAACGACUCGAUUCACGAACGAGAUCGGUUUAGGGCAAGAUUCCACUCGCUCAAUACCCAAACCACUGAGAACCCGAUCGAGGAAGAAAAUGCUUUGGACGAAGACGAGUGCGAGGUGUGUUAUGGAAUAUCCUCAAAGACGAAGAAAUUGAACGUGGUGAGGACCCUGGAUGAUAAGUCAUCUGCGGCUUACUCGACUACGGAGCCGCUUUCACCGCUUGAUCCCGAAUCCACUUACUUCAGAGAUCAUCUAUCGCGUGUGGGCGAGGAAGUCAAUUCGGCGAGUCAAGUGUCUCUCAGAAAGAUCUUCCCAAAGAGCCUACCCUUGGUGUUCCAGUGGUACUUCAACAAACCACUACCGCCUACCAACCAGAUGUUCCCCUGGCUUCAUGGACUUCAUCCAGAAAAUUUCACCCAGAGAUCAUUCUUUGUGUUCCAGCAAAUGGCCCACCAAGACUCUUCCAAUGACUGCAAUAAUGUCGACUUCAACAUGCAUUUUGCGAGGCCGUCCGACGCCCGCUUCUUGAUCUGCAUCGAGGCGGACGCCGAUACCUAUCCCGAGGACAAGGUUCUUCUCAACACUAUUGGCUUGGAUGAAGUUCUCCAGAAAAUCGAGUUUUCUCAUCGUGAAGUUGAGAACUCUAUUUCAACGUUGAUUUAUACACUUUUUGGAGACUUUGAAGAUACAGCAGUUCUUGACAAUCUAAGUGAAAUUAUCACGAGAGACUGCUUCAUCACUGGCUUUAUGCCAGAAUUCCUCAACCUUGAUCCCGAUAGAGGAAUCUCUCUUCGCAACUUUCAUAUUCAAGUGGCCAAACUGGCUCGAUGUGCUGACUUUGUCGUAUACUCCUCUGCAAAGGCACUGAAGGCGGGCGUCUCAAAAGCUGUAAGUGUUGCUAGGCUUCUUCGCCUCGCACAAAUUAUAGACGAGAGAUCAAAUCCGAAGAAGUAUAACGUGUUUCUUCUUGAAGGUGGUGAAAUUUCACCAGACAAGGGUGCAUUCAAUGUCAUCACACAGCGACCCUCGGCUAAAGCUCAUGAAAUUCUCUCUCAUAGCAAAAGAAGUCAACUUUUCCAUCACUGCUUUGGUCAUCAGAAGCUUCAUUUCUAUCCUAUGUGGGAGUCAGAGUUACAACUUAAGGAGAAGCUCGAAACGACAGUCAUGUCUGCCGCCUCAAGAUUGCACAAUAAUGUCUGGCUGGGUAACUCAUGGGACCACGACGCAAUGAUUCACGAACUACGUCUGGAGAAUUACCCCGAUGGCAUCAAAGAAGAUACGGUUCAUGAAUAUCCCAAGGUGCCAGCUUACUGCGAGCCUUCACGAUCAACUGUCUUCCAUGCUGAAUUGACGCCCGAAAACUUUGAAAUGUCUCUUCCGAGACCUAAGGCACACUGGAAAUUAUUUAUUCAUUGUCAUAACGAUGCCAAAUUCCCCGAAAUCUCGGUGUUGAGCCAAUUACUUUUCAAGUACACAAUUUCUUCACAUAUGGCCGAUGAUGUGGAUGAUAUUCACCAUCUUGAAUUUCCGUCUUCAGGAUCUAUCGGUAUUGGUGACUGCAAGCAAGAGAACUUGAUGUGCAUCGUCAAUACCUGUAAGUUGCUUUAUCUAUACUCUUCCUCAACGUCCCCAGGAAGCUUAGCAUCAUUGCUAUAUUGCUCUGACGGCUACACAGAACUGUCAUUGCUCAUAUUCUGCUACAUAAUGUACGCCGAAAACGUUUCUUUGACUGAUGCGAUGAUCAAGGUCCAUCAGACUUACGGCAGGCCGUUUUACAUUUUCGGCAGUGAUGUGAUUAUAUUACGAAAACUUGAGUACCUCAUGCGCAAAUUCAGUCCAGCUAACCCGGCCAGGCAAGUCGAGUGGGGCGAUCAGGAGUUGAUCACCAACAAGGAGCUCAACGAGGUGCUUCUAGGACCAUCUAAACAAGAGCCGCCGAAGGAAAUUCCUUCCAAAUUCCGCUUAGGCUAUAUCAGAAACGAAUCAGAUACUGAAACAUCGGAUUCUGAGGACGAGGACGAACUUAAUGAUACAUCGUCGUAUUUAGACAAGGAUUGGGUGGAGGAUGUUGAGGGGUCGUUCCCCUCGAGGAUCCUACCAUACUUGUACCUUGGGUCAUUGAAACAUGCCAACAGCUUGGCGCUUUUGUCACGUUCGGGAGUGAAAUGCGUGAUCAGCGUAGGAGAGAACCUCGACUGGCUCCAUGGGCACAAGUUUCAGCACAACAACGACAUCAUUGUCGAUGAGCUCGAGAAUGGCAAUAUAGAACGGUACACUAUCAGGCCAAAACAAGAGAACCUUCACCGCAGCAAGGUGCAAUGUUCAGUGGAGCUGGUGAUCAAGGUAAACAAUUUGCAAGACGACGGCAUUGACGAGCUCAGUAAUGCGUUGCCGUCAAUGCUCAAAGCCAUCGACGAGGAGUAUAAGCGUCGGGACGGCGACACCAAGAUCCUUGUACAUUGCCGAGUCGGAGUGUCGAGGUCAGCUACCGUGGUAAUAGCCGAGGUGAUGCGGCGACUCAAGCUCAAUUUGGCGCAGGCUUACUUGUACGUUCGAGUGAGGAGAUUGAAUAUCGUGAUCCAGCCCAAUUUACGGUUCAUGUACGAGUUGUUCAAGUGGGAAGAGGAGCAAGAGGCGCAGAAGAACCCCCGGGGAGAUGCGCUUCGUAAGAUCGACUGGUUCAUGAUGUGUCGAGAGAUUGAAAAGUUGAAUCUUCCAUAUUUGGGGAACCGAUGA